GAGACUCGAGUCUGGAUCAUCCUCGCCGCCGUGCUAGGCUUCUUGUUGCUGACUCUCGCCGCCGUGUUGGUUCUCUUCUGCUGGAAGCGGUCAAAGAGGAGGAUCCGAGGCUUCUCACUCCGAGCUGUCACUCCUUUGGACGACGCCGAAUUCGAGUCAUGGAGGCGACCCAGCCAGUACACGAAACGGCCAGAAAAGUACGGCAUCAGACCAACGCAGCCUGCCGUCGUCCGUAGCACUAGAACUCCGAACAUGUUCGAGAAGGAGCUCGGCCUCUAUGACCCUCCUCGAACACCACCCCGGAGCCCUACUAAGGACCCUUCAACCCCCAUUCGUAUGCCAGAACAGGCUCGACGCAAGUCAAGCGUAUCACUUGCAGAUCGACCACCAACGCCUUACUCACCAUCCUCCACUACAGGCGAAUUUCCGCGAAGAGGAUCGAGAGGGUCACAUGGAUCUCGCAAAUCGUACGGAUCAUCUCAUCGACACAAUCACUAUCCUUCUAUGUCAGAGGCUUCCGACUUCGAUUUCAACUUUGAC